AUGGCUGCGCACAUCAAUCUGAUGGAAAGGCCCACCGUCAACAGCGACAUCCCCGAUGCGGCUGCGGCGGAGGUCGACGACCAGUAUCAGCCACUAAUCAUAAAGAAGAAUCAGCACUUGCAGCAGCAGCAGCAGCAAGCAACUCCCUCGUCGUCGGUGACCUCAGCAGCACUGGAGGACGGCAGCGUGAACCAGGACAGCUCGUGCCAGUUUUACAGCCAGACCAACCACAAGGCAAACGAGCGGCCCAUCGAGCCACCCAAGCCUGAGGUCCUGCAGGGCUUUGUGAUUCCCUUCUUGGUGGACCACGCCGAGUGGCUGGGCAAACGCGAGGUAUUCAACGGGUUGGCGUUGCAGUAUUACAUUACCAACUAUGACUUUUCCGGGAUGCGCAUCGACGAGUGCUUGCGGAAACUGUGUUCACAUAUAUUCUUGCGCGGCGAGUCGCAGGUCAUCGACCGUCUGCUGGUGGCGCUAUCGCAGCGCUACGCCGAGUGCAAUCCGGACACGCGGCUGCGGACGGCAGAUGUGGCCCACGCCGUCACAUACUCCACGCUGCUGCUUAACACCGACCUGCAUAUUGCUGAUAUUCGGUCGAGCGACCGGAUGACAAAGAGCCGGUUUGUGCGUAAUACAGUGGAUACAAUUGCGCAGUUCCAGCAGAGCAGCGUGGUGGCGCCCGCUGUCCAGCGGCCUGUUGUUGCCGAUGAUAUUUCGGAGGACGUAGAUGGCGGUUUGUCGCUUCCACCGCAGUUGCCAGAGCUGGACUUGGCGAAGCAGUCGGCAGAAUCGGCGCAGGCGACAGGUGCGGACACGCCAAUGUCGACGUCGUCGCGGCUGCUUCCUGGUGCUGAUUCGUUUGAUAUUGGCGAUUCGCUGUCGGGACCAGCGGGCGGGUCUGAGCAGCAGUCGACUUUGCGUAGCUUGGUUGGGUCGAUGGCCUCGCUGAGCAUGUCUGGGAGCAACAAUGGCGGUGCUAGCGGUGCUGGUGGCGCGUCUGGGAAUGGCACUACUGGCUCGCGCACAUCUCGCGAUGUGGUUCGUCUGAUGGGUGGCCGCGGGAAGCGCUUUUCGUUCUUUGAUACCAGCUCUGCAGGUGGCAAUCCAUUGGCCGGACCUGCUGCUGCCGCCGCUGCGUCCGCCGCUGCAUCCUCGAACAACUCUUCAGGCACUUUGUCUGGUUCGCAGACGCCCAAUAUUGGCGUGGGAUCUUCGAGCACACAGCUCGGUGCCGGGCAGUCUUCCUCGCGUGCCUUUGACAGGCUGCGGCGCAAGGUAUCGACCAAUGGCACGCAUGUGCGCACUCGCUCGGGUACUUUGUCGAUGGACGAGUCGCCACAGCCGCUGAAUGGCCGGACAUCGUUGUCGGGCAGCCAGCACUCGCACCAGCAGCGCGAGGGCGAGACGCUGGGCAGCAUGGUUGGGCGCGCACUCAGUGCUGCGGCUGGAGUCACUGGUAGCAACAACAGUGGUGCCGGUGGCAGCGACUCGGCUCGUGCGCGGGAUGCUGCUGCGGCUGCGAAUAGUAAUAUGCCCAACUUGACCGAGCUGUCGUCGGUGCUAAAGGACGUGUACUCGGGUAUCAAGAGCAAGCCGCUCGGUCAGCCACCAUUUGCGCGCCAGGCCAGCAUCCUGUACGAGCAGCACCAGCAGCAACAGCAACAGAUGCAGAUGCAGAACAACGCACACUACAGCAUGGGCCAUGUUCUGUCGCGCAACAGCCACGACCACAUGCUUAAUGGUAAUAUGCGCAGCAGCCAGGCGUUUGGGCAUGGCGCCGGCAAGCAGUCGAUGGAUGUGGAUGCUAAUGGGCGGCCUAGCUCGGUGCGUAGCAUGCCCAUGCACUCGGUGCAGCGGACGCGGUCGAUCACGUCGAUUAACAAGGCGGCGGCUGGCGGCCAGGGCGCCGGUGCGAUGCGGCGAACGCCUCACCACCACGCAGAUAUGCGUGGGGUUGGGUUUGUGCCUGACGCCAUGAAGCGCAGUGGAUCGUCGAUGAUCAACUUUGGCACAAAUGGCAGCAACGCUGGGGGCAACACAGUGCGGUCGUCGCCGUCGGCCGGGUCGAUGGGCACAGGGUACACUGCUUCGACGUCGUUUACGACCUACCUGCGGUCGCCGAUUGAGAACCAGCAUAUUCGGUCGGGUGUCCUCGUGCGUAAGCACUUGUUUGAGCGGAGCGGCAAGAAGGCGUCGCAUCGCGCCUGGCGCACGUGCUACGUGUCUGUAGACCGCGGGACCGUUGCCAUGUACAAGAUGGACGGGCGCCACGGGGCGCACCCUGACGGGCGCGAGCUGACGGACACAUCCCUGCAGCUGGGGUCUGUGUCGCUGCGUCACACCAUGACGCACAUGCUGCCGUCACCCGGAUACUCGCGGUCACGGCCGCAUGUGUUUGCGCUGCAGUUGCCGAGCGGCGGCGUCUAUCUCUUCCAGACAGCGUCCGAGGUUGAGCUGCGCGACUGGGUUGUGGCGUGCAAUUACUGGGCGGCGCGCGAGUCCAAGGCGCCAUACAUGAUCGGCGGCGUCUACAACAUGGAGUAUGGAUGGGACAAUACCGGAGACUUCACACUGCGGUUUGAUGAGCGCGAGGCGCGCGAGGAUCGCGGCGAGACGCUGUCUGCUACGGAGCAGGCGGCCGAGCAGCGACGCAUCAUGGAGGAGCGCGAGGCUAGCAAGGGGGCGUCGAUUCUGGAGUGGACGCCGCCGAACAACCCGAUGCAGCGGUCGGACCAGGAGGAGGCUGGGCAGCUCAAGGCGCUUUUGCACCACAUAUCGUAUUUGGAGGACGAGCUUGUGUCGCACAAAAAGAUCCAGGGCAGCAUUGAGGAGCGGUUUGCGCCAAAGACGCAGAUUUUCCACCGGGCGUUCAGCAAUUGGGAGCGCAAGGCGCAGUAUAUUCUGCAGGAGCUGAUCAAGUAUCAGUCGUAUGCCGAUGUGUUGCAGAAGGCGCUUAAGCAGAUGCAGGAUGAACUGACACUGUCGAUUCCGGAGGAGGGCGCUGCUCCAGGCGCUGAUGGCUUGGCUGGGUUCGGCGCGAUUUUCCACGGGCAUGGCAGCAGUAGUGCUGUUGGUGGCGGCGGCAGCGACGACCCGAGCGGCGAUAUGGUUGUCGCUCAGCCGCAGCAGCAGGCGGCAGGGAGGCUGUCUUCGGCCACAAGCGUGACCCCAUUGUCAGGAUCGCGCACGUCAUUGCCGCAAACCAAUAAUCGGCGGACCAACGAUGCGAACGGAAACCCUGCUGGGUCAAAGUCUUUGCCUAUCAAGGAGCUUUUGGCGUCGGCGUCGGACAAGGCACGGAAUAGGGCGAGCAUUAUUGUUCCGAACUCGGCAUCGUCGGCGACAACCACUGGUAGCUCCUCACUCGGGAUGGAUAAGCGGCGUGGGUCGCAGCCGCAUGUUGCUGCCCAUCGCCAGUCUUCGGGAUCAACUGUGUCGUCGCCGUUACCGGAUAACUAUGCGGCGGCUGUUUAA